AUGAGGCCCUGGACCGACCAUGAGGCCCUGGACCAGGAUGAGGUCUUGGUUGAGGAGGCCUUGGACCAUGCUGCACUGAGAUGGGCACAGAGGAUGUAUGGUCCUUUUCAGGAGGGCGGAGGGGGUGGAGGACAGGGUCAUGUCUCCCCCGCCAGGACAGGGUCAUGGUCUCCCCCGCCAGGACACAGCCAUAUUCUCUACACGGGGUGCUACCCCCAGACCGACCGGGGCGCUACCCCCAGACCGACCGGGGCGCUACCCCCAGACCGACCGGGGCGCUACCCCCAGACCGACCGGGGCGCUACCCCCAGACCGACCGGGCGCUACCCCCAGACCGACCGGGGCGCUACCCCCAGACCGACCGGGCGCUACCCCCAGACCGACCGGGCGCUACCCCCAGACCGACCGGGCGCUACCCCCAGACCGACCGGGCGCUACCCCCGGGCGCUACCCCCAGACCGACCGGGGCGCUACCCCCAGACCGACCGGGGCGCUACCCCCAGACCGACCGGGGCGCUACCCCCAGACCGACCGGGGCGCUACCCCCAGACCGACCGGGGCGCUACCCCCAGACCGACCGGGGCGCUACCCCCAGACCGACCAGACCGGGCGCUACCCCCAGACCGACCGGGCGCUACCCCCAGACCGACCGGGGCGCUACCCCCAGACCGACCGGGGCGCUACCCCCCAGACCGACCGGGGCGCUACCCCCCAGACCGACCGGGGCGCUACCCCCCAGACCGACCGGGGCGCUACCCCCAGACCGACCGGGCGCUACCCCAGACCGACCGGGCGCUACCCCCAGACCGACCGGGGCGCUACCCCCAGACCGACCGGGGCGCUACCCCCAGACCGACCGGGGCGCUACCCCCAGACCGACCGGGGCGCUACCCCCAGACCGACCGGGGCGCUACCCCCAGACCGACCGGGGCGCUACCCCCAGACCGACCGGGCGCUACCCCCAGACCGACCGGGCGCUACCCCAGACCGACCGGGCGCUACCCCCAGACCGACCGGGCGCUACCCCCAGACCGACCGGGGCGCUACCCCCAGACCGACCGGGCGCUACCCCCAGACCGACCGGGCGCUACCCCCAGACCGACCGGGCGCUACCCCCAGACCGACCGGGGCGCUACCCCCAGACCGACCCCCAGACCGACCGGGCGCUACCCCCAGACCGACCGGGGCGCUACCCCCAGACCGACCGGGGCGCUACCCCCAGACCGACCGGGGCGCUACCCCCAGACCGACCGGGGCGUCAGGGGUGGGGAGCGGUCCGGGGUCGGUCCGCCGUCGGUCCGGGGUCGGUCCGCCGUCGGUCCGGGGUCGGUCCGCCGUCGGUCCGGGGUCGGUCCGCCGUCGGUCCGGGGUCGGUCCGCCGUCGGUCCGGGGUCGGUCCGCCGGGGUCGGGGUCCGGGUCCGCCGUCGGUCGGUCGGUCCGCCGUCGGUCGGGUCGGUCGCCGUCGGCCGGGGUCGGUCCGCCGGGUCGGGUCGGUCCGCCGUCGGUCCGUCGGUCCGCCGUCGGUCGGGGUCGGUCCGCCGUCGGUCGGGUCGGUCCGCCGUCGGUCGGUCGGUCCGCCGUCGGUCCGGGGUCGGUCCGGGUCGGUCCGGGUCGGUCGGUCCCCCGGUCCGCCGUCAGUCCGGGUCGGUCCGCCCGUCAGUCGGGGUCGGUCCGCCGGGUCGGGUCGGGGUCAGCGGGGUCGGAGCGGGGUCCGUCCGUCAGGGUCGGGAGCGGGGUCGGUCCGCCGUCAGUCCGGGUCGGUCCGGGGUCCGGGUCGGUCCGGGUCCGGGGUCGGUCCGGGGUCGGUCCGGUCGCCGUCAGUCGGGUCGGUCCGCCGUCAGUCCGGGGUCGGUCCGCCGUCAGUCGCGGGGUCGGUCCGCCGUCAGUCCGGGGUCGGUCCGGGGUCGGUCCGCCGUCAGUCCGGGGUCGGGAGCGGUCUGCUCUCAGGAACAGUCUGA